GGGAAGUGAUGAACAUUAAAUGUAGUGCAAAUCUAUAAGGAGAAAGUAGCUCUAAAAUUAGAUGCCUAACUGUAGCGUUGACGGCUGUUCUUGUUUAAAUUUUCCUCUUCCUUAUAUAACCCUCCUCUCUCUCUAUUGUCAGUUGGAAAGUGAAAUAUUUGUCGGAUCCAAACAUCUUGUGCUCAACAAAUUGUACUCGAAAUCUUCCGAAAGAGCUGUUGAACUGAAUUUAAUCCAUCAAUUCAGAAAGAUUUUUGGGCUCCGGAAAAAGUCGGUGAUUUUGGAUUCAUUAACAAGUGUUCCUUUUCUUUUUCAUUGAAAAGGUGUCAAUAUAUUUCAUAUAAAAAUCAUCUGCGGUGUUGAUUAUUUUUUUGUUUCUAAUAUAAUUCGUGAAAUAUUGGGGGUGUAUCCAGUAUAUGUGCAUAUUAAAGGUGGCGAACCCAGGAGAUUCCGGCGAAUAUGACAGAAUUCCAUCAACAGCAGGAGGUGAUGAUUCAGAAACUACUACUCCAACAACCACGACAGAAGGAAUUCCACAGCCAUAUGAACAAUCACAAUCGUUCGAAGAAAUGUUACAGCAGCAAAUACAACAAGAAACAGAGUAUCUUAUGUCUGCAUCAGAAACUCCCAUGUUUACAGGGUACAGUCAGUCAAGGGACAUGUCAGCAAUGGUGACGGCGUUAACACACGUGGUAUCAGGCCGGCGACAGGGAGGAGAGUGGGGUUACAGGCCCGAUAUUAGCGGUGUUACGACGUCGUUUGGUUCCGGGAGUAUUUAUUCGGGGAAUUCACCGUCUUCUUCCAGCUCAGGAUCAUGGGCUGGACAAAAAAGAAGACGUGAUCAAGAAGAAAGUGUUACUGCUGAGCAAGCUCAUAGGGUUUAUGGAGGUUUUGGUGAAUCAUCUUCCUCUGUUAAACCCGAAGAAGCUACAAGCAUGGCAGCGCCAUCAACCGCUAUCACCACCGCUGCAGCAACCACUGCUACGCAAACAGCACCGCAACCAUCGGAGGUGGCAGCUGAAGAAACAGGGGAGAGGAAGAGGAGAUACAGAGGAGUAAGACAAAGGCCGUGGGGAAAAUGGGCAGCAGAAAUAAGAGAUCCACACAAAGCAGCAAGAGUUUGGUUGGGAACAUUCGAUACAGCAGAAGCAGCAGCUAGAGCUUAUGAUGAAGCCGCACUUAGAUUCAGAGGAAACAGAGCUAAACUCAAUUUCCCCGAAAACGUUCGAUUAGUACCGCAGCAGCAGCAACAACCACCACCUCAGUCCACAACAAGAUUAGCCAUUUCAUCAGCACUACCAGCUUCACAAUUCCCAUUAAUGUCUGCAACGGUACCGACAACGCCACCAUCAUUUUUCCAAUCAUAUAAUCUACCUCAGCAUCAAAAUCAACCUCCGCUGCAGCAACAACAGCUUUUUCCGAGCUCAGAAGUAGCUAGAGAUUAUUGGGAAUACUCGCAAUUACUUCAAAAUCCAAUAGAUUUCCAUGGACAACAAUCUUCAUUAUUAGAGCAAAUGCUAUUAGCUUCAUCAAUGGGAGUCUUGCAUUCACAUACAUUUCCUUCUUCCUCAUCUUCCUCAUUAGCAACCUCUGCAGCUUCCUCGACUUCUUCCCCUGCAUAUCCCAUGAUGUUCUCAGCUCAACAAUCGCGCUUCUUUCAGCCACAAACUCAUCAGAAUCAAGGAGGUAGCAGCAGCAGCUCCAAUUUUCCUCACCCUUUUUGGACUAGUUCUGGCCACUACCCACCUUCUUCUAGCUAAUUUUUCAUACGACUUCCCUUUUCUUUUAAUUUUAUAUACUUUUUUUUUUUUUUUUUUUUUUUUAAAAAUAGGUAUUCAUUUUUAAAAUUUUUCUUGUUGGGAUUUUGGUUUUUGAUUUUCUUAUGGUUUUUAUUUGCAUUUAGGAUAUGAACAAUCUGAUCUUAAUCCUCAUUAGAGAUUUCAGGCUCGAAGUUGAUGAGGGAAAAAAAUGAAUUUUUACCCAUGUGAAUUCAGAUUAAUCGCGACCAAUUGAAAGAUGCAACACACCGGGAAACCAAAAUAAGUUGGGACAUAGGUGGUCACUGUUAAAAAGUCAUUUUUAUUAUUUUUGUCCUUUAUUUGAAGGAUAAAUGGUUUAUUAUACUCUUGAGUACAAUACAACAAGAAUAGUACAAGAGAGAAGCAUAUUUAGGUUUUCAUAUGCAUAGUUUUGGUACCCCACAAAUCUGAAAUGUUUGUCAUUUUUUUCAUGAUUUAACGAAGAAUCCUGUAGAAACCAGCCAACUUGUGGUGUUGUCUAUUCUUCUUUAUUUUCAUCUUUGCAAGCUACCAUCAUAUUCAAUUAC